GCUCCCUGCCGCUGUCCGGACCUCCCCCUGCACGUCCCUGUCCCGCCACCCGCCCCCGCUGCGGUCCUCUCUCCCGUCUCCCGCCCCUCCGAAACCACAGAUCAUCUUUGGAUUCUUCUCCAGAAGCUUCAAGUAGGGAUAUGUCCUCAGCACCAACUACUCCUCCAUCAGUGGAUAAAGUAGACGGAUUUUCUCGGAAGUCCGUCAGAAAAGCCAGACAGAAGAGGUCGCAAAGUUCCUCACAGUUUAGGUCUCAAGGCAAGCCUAUUGAAUUAACACCUCUGCCGCUGCUAAAAGACGUUCCAUCCUCAGAGCAGCCUGAACUGUUCCUAAAGAAACUUCAGCAGUGCUGUGUCAUUUUUGACUUCAUGGACACGCUAUCUGAUCUUAAAAUGAAAGAAUACAAGCGCUCCACUCUUAAUGAACUGGUGGACUACAUUACAAUAAGCAGAGGCUGUUUGACAGAGCAGACUUACCCUGAAGUAGUUAGAAUGGUAUCUUGCAAUAUAUUCAGAACUCUUCCUCCUAGUGACAGCAAUGAAUUUGAUCCAGAAGAAGAUGAACCUACCCUUGAGGCAUCGUGGCCACACUUACAGCUUGUAUAUGAGUUUUUCAUACGGUUUUUGGAAAGCCAAGAAUUCCAACCCAGCAUUGCCAAAAAAUACAUAGAUCAGAAAUUUGUAUUACAGCUUUUGGAGCUGUUUGACAGCGAAGACCCUCGGGAACGGGACUACUUAAAAACAGUCUUACACAGAAUUUAUGGCAAGUUUCUUGGUCUUAGAGCAUUUAUCCGAAAACAGAUUAACAAUAUUUUUCUAAGGUUUGUUUAUGAAACAGAACACUUCAAUGGUGUAGCUGAACUGCUGGAAAUAUUAGGAAGUAUUAUCAAUGGCUUUGCUUUACCUCUCAAGGCAGAACACAAACAGUUCCUGGUGAAAGUGUUGAUCCCUUUACACACUGUCAGGAGCUUAUCACUCUUCCAUGCCCAGCUGGCAUAUUGCAUAGUACAGUUUCUGGAGAAAGAUCCUUCACUCACAGAACCAGUUAUUAGGGGAUUAAUGAAAUUUUGGCCCAAAACAUGUAGUCAAAAAGAGGUCAUGUUCCUUGGGGAGCUGGAAGAAAUACUGGAUGUGAUUGAACCUUCGCAAUUUGUUAAAAUCCAAGAACCUUUGUUUAAACAAAUCGCCAAGUGUGUGUCUAGCCCCCAUUUUCAGGUGGCAGAAAGGGCACUCUAUUAUUGGAAUAACGAAUACAUCAUGAGUUUAAUAGAAGAAAACUCUAACGUCAUCCUUCCCAUCAUGUUUUCCAGUCUUUAUAGGAUUUCAAAAGAACAUUGGAAUCCGGCUAUUGUGGCGUUAGUGUACAAUGUGUUGAAGGCGUUUAUGGAAAUGAACAGCACCAUGUUUGAUGAGCUGACAGCCACAUACAAGUCAGAUCGUCAGCGUGAGAAAAAGAAAGAAAAGGAACGUGAAGAAUUGUGGAAAAAACUGGAGGAUCUGGAGUUAAAGAGAGGUCUUAGACGUGAUGGGAUAAUUCCAACUUAACGAAAAUAAUGACAGCAACAUUACUAACCUGUGGAGUCACACAUUUAUGUAGUAGAAGAUGGAGCAACAGUUUUCUGUAUUGUGCAACUUUACAGUAGAUUUCACAUUUGUUUCAUUAUUACAACAGCACUGUAUAUACCUGUCUCUAAGUAAAGGAAAACAAAUAAGGACUUCAAUCCAAAGUUUGGACAGUAGAUGGACUUCUCAGAACUUGGCAAACGUAAUUAUUGUUCUAACCCUCUUUUAAAAAAAAAAAGCAGUCUUCAGAGGUCUGUUGAUGAAAUUGCUAUAUUAAAAUUCCAUUAUUGGGAGUUCCUUAUUUAUCAUUAGCAGAGAGUAUGAAACAAUUUUCAAAUGUGAACAAUCUUAAAUUUAGCUUGUCUUUCUGCUAAGCUGUUAAAUGUAUUUAUAGUAAAGGAAGGAAAAAAAAAAAGACUGUCAUUUCCUUAUAAGUUUGUAUAACAUCCUCCUCUGGAUAACUUGACUGUAAUUUGACAUCUUUUCCUUUUGCACAUCUUCAUGAGUUGAAUGUGGAAUGGGGCUAUGAAGUAUAAAGGUCCCGUGUUAAAAGUCUUGUUUACUGGAAUGAACAUCUUUCCAGUAACCAGGUAGUGCUGGUACUCCUUUAGUUUUAAAAUUAGGAGUAAAAGAGAACAGGUGAUAAACAUGGUAGGGAAGGGAAUUUCGGAUUCAUGCCUGAGUUUAUGGUGAAUCCAGAUCAAUGUCUUGAAUCCUUUGAAAACAGGCACUGGGACAAGAGAGGGUUCAGCACCUGACCAGUAUUAGUUAUGUACAUCAUUGAACACACAUAGCAGAGAUGUUUUAGAAAUGUCAGGAGACAUCCUUUCGGACCAUUUGGAAAUAAGAAAGACAAACACUGAACAGUACAACCAUGAAAUUGAUUGCCAGGAUUGUGAAUCUAAUUGGGAAUAGAGUCGAGCAAACAGCUUGGACUGUUUGGAGUUGUUGCCUUACUUUUUAAUAUGUAUUUAUAAAGUAUUCCAGCAAAAAGAGGAUGUAGCCUCUGGGAAAAACAAACAAACAAACAUAUUACAGUGUUUUUUGUAGAUUCUCGUUCUGUAUCCCAUCACAGCGCCAGCCCUGUUUUUAGCCAGAAAGGAUUCAGGAUAAACAUUAUUAUGCAUUCUGAAUUGGAUGCGUAUUCCUAACUACUGUAUUUGUUACCAAAAGUGGUUCUACAAAUGCUACUGAAAAAAAUCUGGAAAUUCCUAAUGUCCUGAGUGUUAAUAAUAAAGUUGAAAAAUGCUUUUAUAUCAAAGGUGCAUUGUGACCAAAUUGUUUAAGAAAACAAAAAAAACACACAAAAUCUAGGGCUGUAUUAUAGAUAUAUCUUACUGGCUCUCUGCUUUGUAUUUGAAAGAGGAAUCUUACAUCUUGGGGAGUUAAAAUGCUGAUAACACUUGUGUACAUUGUGUACUUAACCUAAUGCAGUUGCAUUAUCAUGUACUGAAAGAUUCGUGUUUUGGGAUUUAUUUCCAGGAUGCUUUUGCUUGUUAUGGACAUGGCAGCAGUGAGUUGAUAAUCCUAAACCAUCCCUUCCAGCAGUAUUCGUGACAUGGAGCUGAUUCUGCGUUCAUGUGUUGAAUUGUGAUAGUAGCAAACAGGAACAUAUGAACUGUUGUUGCUCUUAAUAGAAAUAUGGUAUCAAUAUGGGCUUGUAUAGUUUAUUCCUUCCAUUUAAAAUAUAAGAUAGAAUAUGCAGUUUUAUUCUUUAUAAGAAAAAAGGAAAAAAAAAAGAAGCCGCUGACCUUUCUCCCCUAUCAAGUGUUUCAGGAUUAUCAGGUCACAGUUUGUGCAUAAAAAGUCAGCCAAUUAUGGACAUUGUCAUCUCAAUAACUUUGUAAAACAAAAACAGAACUUGGCAUUGUUAAUUCUGAAAAAGAAACAGCAGUAAAAGAGUCAUAUGCAAUAUCAAACACAACAUGGUUUAGUGGAAUUAAUAGAUUUUUUUUUUUUUAAGAACUUUAAUGGGGAUUCAAUGUAAAGCUGGCAGAGGCUGCCAAAGAUGAAAGAACUUACUUUAAAAGUGCUGGAGCAAAGGUGCAAGUUCAAAUGCUAAAGAUAAAAAAUAAAUUUGUAACAAACCAUCUCCUUCAGCCCUUUUGAUUUUAGCCCAUGGAUUUUGACUUUGCUUUAUAUUUAAUUUUGACAAUAUGAACUUUGGUUUGCUAUCAAGGUCACAGGUUUAUGAACUAUAUCUCUGCCCGUUAGAAUGAAAUGCAGUCAUUUGAAAUGAGAAAGACCAGGAUUCUUUAUUGCACCUUACCCUGUCCUCAGAGCUAAGGUGAAAGCUGUACCGAUAUCCUUGAUGUCAAUUUCGUAUGUUGAGCAUUCCAAACUGAGAAGAAUAAAGCCAAAUUUUAGACAUAUUUAAAGAAGCUAUUAUAGAUAUAUGUCUAAAAUUCAUAGGGCAACUUCUGAGAAGAAACACUGUCUUUUCUAUUUUAACCGCAAGUGACAAUGUGACAUCUGUCAUGUUGUAUCAGUGACGCAGAGUAACUGAGGUAACCUGAUGGUUGCACUGUGUGACAUAUUUAAGGACGUACUUGCUGCAUUUGCAGCAGCCCUCUCUCUUUGUCCUUUCCCACAUUUCUGCUGUUGCUGCAAGUCGAGUUAAUUGUGACAAAUGCAUCUUUGUGUUAUAUUUUGUUUGCUUCCUAAUUUCCAGAACUAUAUAUAAAUAUAUUUUUUAAAUAGCAAAUAUUGUAGUUAGUGAGUGAUGAUCACUCCAACCUUACCCCAACCAUAUUGGUUUCAGGGGUAGGACUAAGAGUGUCUUUGGAAGAAAAACAAAAAACGAAAACAAAACCCUGUGGUUUAGAAGGAUGCUGAGGCCUUAGGCUGUGGGCCUGGAACAACCAUGUGCGUGAACUGACCCGUCUCAUACUUUGAAUCAGGCAUGCAUUCCUUUUCUCAUUGUGCAAGCGUCCCCAGUUUUCCCUCAGUGUUUAGUUUUCGUCCUUUGAAAUUAUUAUAUUUUGCUCCCCCUAACAUCUGUUUUUUAUAAAAUAAAAUAAAAAAUAAAAAAAGUGAGAUAUAAGUAAUAUCCUCAAUGCCUCUGGAUACUCACAAGCAGGGUUAUACUCCUUCAUCUUGGGCUCACUUGCCUAAAUGGAAGGGUCUAAUUUAUUUUGUACCUCCUCCUAUGCGUGGGACAGUCCAGGGUGCGGAGCCAGGAAUUGCUCAUAAUUGCACCUGCUAUACUUAAAUGUAUAGCCCUAGGCUCAAUCACACUAUGGAAAGGGGAAAAAAAAAGUAUAUUUAGAGCUUUAAAAGCUUUUUUAUUUUUUUGUGGGGGCCGGGGUGGGGGGUGGGUGGGAAAGGGAAGAAGUAUGGAUGUUAUUGGCAUUUUUAAGUGUUCAGAGGUGUUUCUCCCGCCCCCCUCCCCCCCCCCCCCCCGUUUUGUUUUUUUCCUUCAAUUGGAUGCACUGACCUGGCCCAAGAAAUAGAGAGAUUCUCUCUUUUGAUGCUAUUACCAAUGUUAUGACAAAGUGACAGUCGCCUAGAACAAAAAAGGUGGCACCGGACAUGAUCAGUGAUAUUUUAUUUGCACAUCGAUAUUUUUAUUUUUAUAUUCUGGCUCAGCUGCUUCUCUGAGUGGAGUUAAGGAAUGAGCCACAAAGAAUUUUUGUAGUAGCUAUAUUGGGAAGCAUUUUAUAUUUCUCAGUAUUUAAUUUUGAAACUAAAAGGAUGGUGCAUCUUGAGAGAAAGCUGAGCACAUUUUACUCUAGUGGAAUGUUAAUUUGUGCUGCUUAUUGUGCACGACUGCAGCAGUAGCAUCUCUCUUGGAAAUAAACAUCCCAGAUGAUGACGUGUAUGAAUAUAGGUUUCCUUUCUACCCCACUCCUUCCCUUCCCUCCCCCGUCUUUCCUUCUUUCCCUUCUCUUUACUUUUUUGGAAAUCACUUAUUGUAUAUAAGUUGUAAUCCAGACCUCAUGUAUCAGUGGGGAACUUUCAAAUAUAAAUAUUACCAAUACAUUUUCUGGUUGUUGUCUGAUUUUUGAUUGAGGUAUAAUGAGAAUGACAUGUCCAUUGCUUUUGGUUUGAGGAUUUCGCUUUAGCUUCAUACAUCUUUUGGUAUUUUAGUAUUUCAUUGUUUUAGCAGGAGAGGGCAGCAAAAGUUCAUUUUCCCUGUUAGAAAUGCUGUGGUUCAUGACUGGUUUUAAAUUUAGUUGUGUGUGUGUUUUUUUAAACAGCAUCUGUUUGUGGGUAGAGGUAAAAAAUGAAACAGUUUUGAUAUGAAAGUUUGCAUAUGAAAAUUAUAGACUGAUUUCAACCAGACAGUGAAGACUUCUGAUCCACAUGAAAGUCAAAAGGCCACAAAAGAAUCUUCUGGCACUGGCUAAAAUAUGCUACUUCCUUUUCAAACACAACAAAAUGCAAGCUGAAUCUUAAAACACUUGGAGUUUAAAAUGUCUUUCUUUGGAAAUGAUUUACUUUCUUCAAAGUGGUAACAGAAACAAAAAUGAAGGUGCUCCCGAAGGAAAAUGUAACCUUCCCCUUUCACAGCUGUGUGAGAGGUUCUGUACUGUGGGUACACCCAAUAAAGAAGCGGUGAAGAGUU